CGCCCAGGACCCGGCACUGAGGAAAGUGAGAGUUACGCGCCCUGGGCCUGGGCGAUGAUGCUGGGAGGGUUUCGACCUACCGCGGGUCGGCGCCGAUAGCGGAGGCCCCUCGCCCGGACAACAACAGGACUGGAGUCCGUUUCGAGCCUCCCCUUGUCCUAACUAAGCGCCGGCGGCGACGGCGACGGCGACGGCGACGACGGCGCUCUUGGUGGGAGUGGUGGCGACGCCAAAGGAGGCGGAGGAGGAGGCGACAGAGGCAGUCAAGCAUCCCGAAGCCCUGUAGCCCAAAGGACGAGGGAUGCCCGGAGGGUGCACCAGUGGCUUUAGGAUCUCCUCCCCCGCAGCCUUCCCUGCCUCAAUUGCCUGGACCCAAAAAAGUUCGACGCCGGAAACCUCGGCAUCGACGGCGCAGGCGGGGGAUCAUGGAACUGGAGAACUUCAUGGCCAACACUUUGUUGCUGAAGGCUCGUAAAGGAUUUACCAAAAAGACUGGUCGCAGUAAAAAGUGGAGAGAGCUCCUGAAGUUGCCCCCAGUAAGCAUGUGCAGUGACUUACGACACUCCAUCGAAAAGGAUUUUAGCAGUCUUUGUGACCAACAGCCAAUCGGAAGACUUCUUUUCAGACAAUUCUGUAAUACGAAACCAGAUCUAAAGAGGUGCAUUGAAUUCUUGGAUGCAGCGGCAGAGUACGAAGUUACCAUCGAAGAGGAACAAAGAGAAUUUGGACUAUCCAUCUACAGUAGAUUCUUUAAAGAGAAUUCAGAAGUCUCCUUACCACAGAUACCUCCAGAUAUUGUGAAGGAGUGUAAAUGCAAUCUGAAGCAGAGUUCUCCCUCUCAAAAUGUGUUCCACGACUGUGCUGGAGUUAUCUAUAAGUAUUUGAGUGAAAAACCAUUUGAAGAAUACCAAGAGAGUACAUACUAUAAUCGAUUUUUACAAUGGAAAUGGCUAGAAAGGCGUCCAGUAACAAAGCACACAUUCAGACAAUACAGAGUUCUAGGAAAAGGCGGAUUUGGAGAGGUUUGUGCCUGUCAAGUGCGAGCUACAGGAAAAAUGUAUGCCUGCAAAAAACUAGAAAAAAAAAGAAUAAAGAAGAGGAAAGGUGAAGCCAUGGCUCUGAAUGAAAAAAGAAUCUUAGAAAAAUUGCAUAGUAGAUUUGUAGUUAGUUUAGCCUACACUUAUGAAACCAAGGAUGCUUUGUGUUUGGUGCUAACCAUUAUGAAUGGAGGGGAUUUGAAGUACCACAUUUACAACCUGGGCAAUCCUGGCUUUGAGGAGCAGAGAGCUGUGUUCUAUGCUGCAGAGCUGUGCUGUGGCUUGGAAGAUUUACAGAGAGAAAGAAUUGUAUACAGAGACCUAAAACCAGAGAAUAUCCUCCUUGAUGAUCAUGGACACAUCCGAAUUUCAGAUCUUGGUCUAGCUCUGGAAAUCCCAGAAGGGGAGAUGGUUCGAGGAAGAGUUGGUACUGUUGGCUACAUGGCUCCAGAAAUUAUCAGUCAUGAAAAGUAUACAUUUAGUCCUGAUUGGUGGGGACUUGGCUGUCUGAUAUAUGAAAUGAUUGCGGGACAUUCUCCAUUCAGAAAAUAUAAAGAAAAAGUCAACCGGGAGGAAAUGGAAAGAAGAGUGAAGACUGAAACUGAGGAGUACUCUGAGAGGUUUUCAGAGAAUGCCAAGUCCAUCUGCAGCAUGUUACUUACCAAGGAUCCAAGUAAAAGGCUGGGCUGCCAGAGUGAUGGAGCCUCUGCUGUAAAGCAGCACCCAAUAUUCAAGGAUAUUAACUUCACCAGACUGGAAGCAAAUAUGUUAGAUCCACCUUUCUGUCCUGAUCCUGAGGCCAUUUAUUGUAAGGAUAUCUUGGAUAUUGGACAGUUCUCUGUGGUGAAAGGAGUCAACCUGGACACCAGUGAUGAGAUCUUCUACGCUCAAUUUGCGACAGGGUGUGUCACCAUCCCCUGGCAGAAUGAGAUGAUUGAAUCUGGAUGUUUCAAGGACCUCAAUGAAUAUGAAGAUAAAGGUCCGUCACCACUUGAAAAACACAAGAUAUGUUCCUGUAUUCUUAGACCAAAGAGAAACUUCUUCCAUAGACUCUUCAGAAGAGCGGUAAAAAAAAUCUUUUGCAAAAGUAAACUGUGGUGGCUGGGGCUAUUGCUUAGGUUAGAAUGUCUGCAUAGUAGGAGGGCUCAGGUUCUGAGAAUCAAGGGUGUGCACAGGUAUAUUGACACCCCCCCUCCCAUUAUGUAUUAUAUGUGUCAAAAGGAAAAUAUUUCCUCAGGAAAAUAGCACUUUUGGGGGAGGGGUAGGUUCAAGACAGAGCUUCUAUGUGUAGAACUCAAUUUAUAGAUCAGGCUGGCCUUGAGUUCAGAGAUCCACUUGCCUCUGCCUCCCGAAUGCUGGGAUUAAAGG